AUGGCAGCCAGAGGAGACUACAUCCUCAUCAAGUAUAACGGAGUAGGGGAGGACCUGUACCAUGAGACAUUGAUCACGGGGGUCAGUGCUGAGGAUCCCACCGAGGUGACGCUGUACACCGCCGAUCGGGACCACUACCAGUUCAAUAUUGCGCCUGGAGAUGAUGUUGAGGCGGUGUAUUGGAUCGGGCUGCCAGGAGGUCGUCCAGCGCAUGUGCCAGAGAAUCAGAUCUAUCGGUUCCGCCACAACGUGCCGCCCAAUGAACGUCAGAGGCUCUUCGCGGAGGCGCAGGGCAUGCUAGGUGCUGCGCCGGCGCCGCCACCAGCCCCCUUGGCGGCCCCGAUGCGGAACGUGCAGAGGCAAGGUCUGGGCCGCCCCGCGGGGGCGGCCGCCAGACGCGCCGAGCCCGGCCGCGUGUGGGUCGUUGCCAAGGACCACGGCCGCCACCAGAAGGGCGACAGUGUGGAGGAGCUUCCUGCCGGGGCGGUGGUGCUGGGAGAGAGGGCGGUCGUCCCCACGGCGGACGGCAGCACGGCCUUCUUGCAGAUGAUCCCCCAGGACAGCAUUGAUGAGUUCAAGAUGGACGAUCUCAGGGUGAUGCCAGUGAAGUUCGACGGCAUGGGCCGACGCAGGAGGCUCUUCCAGGAUGGCGUGGCCAGCUUCGUGCCCGACGAGCCCGAGGGGGGUUUGGGGUUGGAAGGCCCAGGCACCGUGUCCCUGAGGUGCCAGACCUAUGUGGAGAGGUCCCAGACGCCAGUGUCUCAGCACGCGUCGUGGAGAGCGACGUCGGGCGUCUCGAGCGGGGACCGCAGUGUCUUCGAGCAUGAGGUGCUCUCCGAGGUGCUCGAGAGCAUGGUGUGCACGGACCAGUUGCACGCCCCUGCACUUCGCAGUGCCGAGCUGGUCUGCAGGAGGUUCCAGCUGAUCGAGAGCGCCCACUCCUUGAACCCAUCGGCCCCCGACUAUUCGGCCGCCGACCAGCACAUGGGGUGGGGCCGCCGCCGUCAAGGCAUGAUGGUGGCCCCGCUGCUCCAGCAGCACGUGGCGACGGCCCUCCGCGACGAGCACCAGGUGGCCAAGGAGCAGAGGAAGGCCCAUUAG